CUUCGCCCCUGUUAUGAUCUCAUUCAAGUAACGGUCGAGGGUUUGAUGUAAAGAAAGCGUGAAGGCGUGGAGAAGGAAACAAAAUGAUCGAGUUUUGUCAUCUUCGAGAUCCUAGUCACGCAAUUCCGCUGUGACGGAGAUGCUAUCAAACUUAAGAGUUCUUAGCUCGCGAGCUUAUAAAUUACGGAGUAGUUUAAUUACUUGAAGUUUGCAAAGGGCGGCCAGAUCAGAUGUUGGCUGUUUUUGAGCAGUCCAUCGCCAAGCCACCGCCCGAGCUCAGCCGUCGCCCCCGUACAGGGCUGAGCGGAUGCAAGUCCAGGGAAGAGAUCGCAGCGAGCUUCCGAUCACGGAGACCGGCGGACACCACGCUCUACAACCUCGCUAAUGCUAAUUUCCUCGGACUCGCACGUGGAGGUGAUGAAAAUCCUUUAUUCCCGAGAUCGAUUGUGGUGAUGGAGGAUAUAUUCUGCAUAUUUUGUGGGGUGCUGGACAACACAUGUGACCUGAGGAAAUACUAUGGGCUGUCAAGACAAGCCACAGAGGGAAGCAUAAUGGUGGAGGCUUACAAGGUCCUAAGAGACAGGGCACCCUACCCUCCAGAUCAAGUCAUCAAGGGCCUUGACGGCAAAUUCGCCUUCAUCCUCUUUGACUACAAAACCUCUACUCUUUUUCUAGCCCGGGACCGGGAAGGAAGUGUGCCACUUCACUGGGGAGUGGGUGCGGAUGAGUCAUUAGUGUGCAGUGAUGAUGCAGAGUUUAUCAAUGCCGUUUGCGGUGGUCACUGUUACACCCCCUUUCCUCCAGGGUGUAUAUUUAUGAGCGGGAGUGGGGGGCUGCAGAGCUUUGAUCAUCCGAUGCACAAAGUGAGAGGGAUGGUGCGGCAGGAGGGAGCAGGUGGUGAGGUCAACGCCGUCAUCUUCCAGGUGGACUUCUACACCCGCCUCCCCAGCAUUCCACGCACCGGCAGCGCCUCUAAUUGGGCUGAUAAUUAUGCAUGAUGCGGCGGCGCACGGCGGCUCUUCUCCACCCUGAUCCAUGCAUGGAGUUACUUAUACAUUCACACCUGUAUAAUUAAUAAGGUUUCUUUUUGUUGUGCUAUCCAUCUAGCUAGCAGCUGCACCUGACAAGUUUCAUUCUGUGAAAAUACUUGAUGUUAAAUGUGUAAUGCAAUAAUACUUGUGCGAGUAGAUCAUUUUGUUUCUAUUUUAGGGUCCGUUUAGUAGCU